UCAGAUCUGCCCCAUGCCCCUGAAGGUGAACCAUUGUAUCAGGGUUCGAGAUUAUCAUUACUUGAAAGUAUAGUAUUGAUAAUUACAUUUGUAUUGAGACACCAGCUCACUCGAGAAGCUACAAAGGAUCUUUUGAGCCUUUUGGAACUGCACUGCUUGACUCCAAACUUAUGCCGAAGCAGCAUGCAUCUGUUUUACAAUUUCUUCACUGAACUCACUUCACCUGUACAGAAGCAUUAUUUUUGUGACUUUUGUAAGGAGUACUCGGGCACAGUAAGCAUGAAGGAGUGUGCAUUAUGCGGCAAGAAGAAAGAAAAAUACUUUAUGUACAUUCCAAUAGCUGGGCAGUUACAAUCUAUUUUGUCAGGGUUAUCAACAAUUGACCUUAACUACAAAAGGAACAGAGAUAAAAAAGCUGAGAGUAACAUUGAAGAUGUCUUCGAUGGUAAAAUGUACAAGAAACACUUUGAUGGUUCUCACUUCACUGGCACACCGCAAAAAGACAAGUCGAAGGAGUUGCACAUAUCAUUACAGCUGAACACCGAUGGAGUUUCCAUAUUUAGAUCAUCCUCAUACAGUGUGUGGCCACUUUAUCUUAUCAUCAAUGAACUCCAUCCUAAACAAAGGUUUAAUUGUCAGAACAGAAUCUUUGCGGGACUCUGGUUUGGUGGAAUAAAACCAGUUAUGAAUGUUUUUCUGCUGCCACUUAUUCAAGAGAUGUCUGAACUCUACCAUACAGGAAUAUCAAUCAUACUACAUGGAAAGGAAAUUCUUCUUCGGGGAGUAUUAUUAAAUGUGGUUUGUGAUGCACCAGCUAGAUGUCUGGUACAAAACUUUACUCAGUUUAAUGGAUUUUUUGGCUGUGCAUUUUGCCAGGAAAAAGGAAAAAGUGUGAAAACAAGCGAAAGAGGAUCGAUGAUGUCAUUUCCAUACGAUUGUAACUCUGAAUCAGGUCAUGCAUCUGUACGCAAACAUUCUGAAUCUGUCAAGCAAGCCAGAGAUGCUGAAGUGGCUGGAAAAUCUCAGUAUGGUGUAAAAGGUGUUACUGUUCUGACAAACCUAUCAUAUUUUGAUGUUAUUAGAAAUGUUACGGUUGAUUAUAUGCAUUGUGUUUUACUUGGUGUGCAAAAAAUGUUGCUAACUCUAUGGACUGAUAGUGCCAAGAAAACUGAAAAAUUCUAUAUAGGGGAUUUUACUGCUGUUUUAGAUGCCCGCAUGAAGGAACUCACACCACCCAAUCUGAUAAAUAGGUCACCAAGAUGUCUUGCUGACUUGAAACAUUGGAAAGCUACAGAGUACAGGUCAUUUCUCUUGUUUCAUUCUGUCUGUUGCCUCCAAGGAAUUUUGUCUGAGGAAUAUUACCUCCAUUUUAUCUUGUUUGUUGAGGGAGUUUACCUACUCCUACAGUCAUCCAUAUCAAAGUCUGAUCUGUCCAGAGCGAAACUUCUUUUUCUGAAAUUCUGUGCACAGAUUGAUUACUUGUAUGGUGUACGCCAUGAAACUUCCAAUUUGCAUUGUUUAUUACACCUUGUAGAAAAGGUUGAAGAGUUAGGGCCACUCUGGUCACAGUCUUGUUUCUUUUUUGAAGAUCUUAAUGGUGAUUUACGCUCUUUGUUUCAUGGUACCACAAAAAUUGAACUCCAAAUAGCAGAAGCUGUAACUAUACAUCAACAGCUUCCUUUGUUGAUAAUGGCUAUUCCCAAAAGCUCUGAAAUAAAUCCUUUAUAUCAACGCUUAACUAAGCAUCAUAAAUAUAAAAAUAGAGAAUAUAUCAACACUUCUUCACUGGCUGUUGGAACACAAGUUGAAUGUCAGCUUUUGCCAGACACAAGACAACGGAUUCAACAUUUGAUAGGACCAGUUCAAAAUGUUUACAAGUUCUACAGGUUGUUAAUUGGUAGUACAAUGUUUCAUUCAAAAAUGUACUUGUCUGCAACAAAGAGGAAUAGCUAUACGAUAGAGUAUGUACAAGAUUCAAUGUCAUAUUUCGGAAAGAUUUUGUAUUUUCUUAAGGUAGACACAGAAUCUUCCUGUUCCAAGUAUUUGGCUGUCGUAAAGAGAUUUGAGAAAGUUGAAUGCAAUGUGAAGCUUCCUUGUCAUUUUUUUCAAGUAAGGGAAUUGAUGGAAACAGAUAUUAUUGAAGUACAGAAUAUUGUUGAUAUGUAUUAUUUUGCACAUUUAAUCAGUUCAAACAGAUGUUUUGUUGGAAAAAUUCCUGUCAUCAGUGAAAGUGAUUAAAGGAAAUAUACUUGCAGAAAAAAAGAAACAGUGCACUUGGGUAAAAGAAACACUGCUCAAAAUAUUUAAAGGAUAUAUACAUGUAUAUAUGAUUUUCCAGACACCUACAUGUUAAAGGUGUCAUGUUUGUCCUGCUGUCACUAUCAUUUCUGUAAAAGUAGGCGUUUAAACUUAAUUAUGUCUCCCACACCACUGUAGUGGUGGGUGGGAGACAUAUUGAUUUACUGCAGUCUGUGUGUCUGUUUGUCUGUCUGUCUGUCUGUCUGUCACAAACAUUGUCCACACUCUUAAGUGGAACAUUUCUAAUCCGAUCUUCACAAAACUCGAACAAAAUGUGUCCGCCAAUAAGUCCUCGGCCAAGUUCGAUAACUAGCCAAAUCGACCCAGGCACUUCGGAAUUAUGGCCCUUCAAUUACCGAAGAAAUGCUCAUUCCCCCCUCCCCUCCCUCCCCGAAUUCAAUUUUUUUUUAUUUUCCAGCUUGUCAUGACACCCACCCCCUCCCUCCUUCCCCAUGGGGGGAAUUUUAAUAUGUACAUGUGAAAUUUUAUAACCUCACUGAUCACCCCCACCCCCCUGAAUUUAUUUUAAUUUUUUUUAUUUUCCAGCUAUAUUUUAAUAUGUACAUGUGAAAUUUUAUAUCCUCAUUGAUCACCCUCCACACCCCCCCCCCACCCCACCUUCAAAUUUUUUUUCCCCAGCUAUAUUUUAAUAUGAACAUGUGAAAUUUCAAUUACUUUAAUUCCUCACUUGUCAUGACCACCCCCCACCCACACCAUAUUUUCUGUGAGUAUACAGUAUAUAAAGACAGACUUACUAGUCAGAUGAUUAGAUUAGGCACUUGUGUGAUACAGUCAGAUGAUUAGGCACUUGUGGGAGACAUGCGCUUUUCCCAAAAGCACCUCUAGUUCUCUCUUGUAAUGCACUGCAUCAACUUUAUAACAUGAAAAUAUUGCACAUGUCCGACGGCUUGGAAACCAUAGGGAGAGGAAUUACAUUGUAUAAAGAUGGCAAUUUUUUUCAGAAAAUUUUUGCCAAUACAAUCCUUUUUAUCUAGUACAGUGUGUAUCUUACCCACCCUUAGUGUGAAAAAAUUCUUGUCGUUUUACUGAACAGACAUUUAAACACGAUUUUCAAACCCCUUAAUUUUCGAAAAUUUGAUACUUGUAUGUUUACUAUUUACUUCGUACAUCAAUUGUCAGACACCUGAUAUAUUUCAUUCUUUCACAAUAUAAGGUUGACAAUAUACUAUAGGAACCAAGAACGCGAAAGUGCAUAAAAAUAUACUGAAACAUUGAAAAAUACUUUCGUGCCAAAGAUGCAGUACUUAACAUGUAAUCAUAUGGGAAAACAACCUGUGAUCCAUUAAAUUUUUUGAGCAGUGUAUUUUUAGAGUAUUUUUUUCACUGAGAUGCAAACUUGGUACCAAAAUUUAGGUUACCGGUAUUCAUUGGCUAAGAAAACUAUUUGAAGUUAAAAUUAUUGGAACAAAAAGAUGUUAAAUUGACGUUAAAUGACAUAGGGGUCAAACUGAAAGUUCGCAAUUUUUUUAUGUCGACCUUCAAAGUGGUUUUUCUUCAGGUUUAUUUUCUGUACCUCUUUCAAUACUGAGUAUGUCCACAUCUUCUCCGAAUCACAGUAAUUAUUCCCAAAAGCAUCAUGCACACAUAACCUGUAAUAAUGUCUUUUGAAAUAUGAUUCAGUUUUUGCAGAAGUGCAUCUCUAACGUCAUUAAUUUCGUUGAUGGCAUUAUUUACCCUUGCCAAGCGUGCAAGAACUUCGAAAAUGUGUUUGAUGGGAUUCAAGCCGGUUAUUGAGCUUGUUAAUGUCAUGUCUGGUUAGUAAUUGUAUGUCUGUCUGGCCAUGUUUACAUUUUCCAGCAUAGGUGUACCAGGAUAUUUUUUCCCAAAUGGGACAAAAGCUCGAUGAAGAAGCAUAUGUCAUUGAAACUGUCUUGCGACAUCAGAACGCUGAAAUGUGAGGCAAAUGAGUGCAGUACAUACACAUGUACAUGGUUACUUAUCCUUGAAAAUUUCAUUCGUUUUCAGAGUAGUUUAAAAAUUACAUCGAAAAAAAAAGUGCACAAUUUCUUUUUUCUGAAAAAAUUCCCUUCAUUUCUCAGCGCAGCCUUAUGAAGCACGGUUUCUUGACCUAACAUUUUUUUUAUUUCCCUUUAGUUGUUUUUUAAGAUUAAAACCUUCAAUUUAAUAGUAUAUGGGUACAGAAAUGUGUCAUGAAGUAAAACUGUUAAAAAAUAUUAAUAUCUAUGUCAUGCAAACUUUUUAAGAUUUAUUCGUAAGCUUAGAAAAUUAGGUAAAUUGUGUACUUUGGUUUUUAGCUAGACUUUCCGAAGGAAAAAUCGAGCUAAUGUUGUCACUCAUUGUCUGCGUUAACGCAUGUUAGUUAAGUUUUUCCGUUAAGUUUUUUAAAAUCAACAUAUCUCCAGGUUAAGUUUUUCAAACAGACCUUGGUCAAAGUUUGAAGUGGUUAGGGGCUUGUCUGUCAAUCAAGAGGUCGUGCCAACCUCUGCAGCGAUUACUUCCCCUUGCGAUACAGUAACUAAUGAACGCCAGGAAAGGUAACUGCUGCGAAUAGCUUGGAGGUCAUGAGUUUGUAUCACACCUUUGCCGCUUGAAAUUUGAAAUUAAUAGAACAUGCUUAAAGACUUGUGUAAAUAAAAGAUCAGAGCAGAAAAUAAAAUAUGAAAACCGUGACUGACUUGACAGUUAUUGUAGUUUCGACUUCAUGAACUAGAUGCUCCAAGAGUCAAACCGUAAGGUCUGUGUCCACCUUUGCUCCGGUCCUUACAGAAAUUUUUUUUAUCUAUUUUAUGUAUGCUUUCCGUUGCCAGUGCCUGGUACCUCCUAUAACGGUUAUGUACAGUCCUUGCCAGUAGACAUGUCCCCCAUGGUAUCUAUGUACUUAACUAACUCAUUUCCAGUUUAACUCAUUAUGCCCGCACGACUCAUUAAUGCGUCGUCCGAUUCUUAUCGAUAUAUCGCGUGCCACAUCUAAGCGGUGUUGUAAACUACAUCUGGAUACUGCAUGCCACGUACAUGCGUCGUCACAGUAGUAGCUCUGAAUUCCGCGUGACGCAUUGAGUCGUCACAUUUUACUGGUCUUUUGAUAAAUGCUUUAAGUUCUUUCUAUCAAAUUGGACCAAUCAAAAUUUUUGUUGCGUAACAUUCAUGAGACAUUAUAUAAAAUGGUGAUGUGAAAUAAAUGUAUUCGUACUGGAAGCUGUAAAAACGAGCGUAGUUAUAACAUAAAUUAAUAAAUUUUUGCAGACAUGAAAACAAAAACACAAGUGUGGAGUGAGAAAAAGCAUUUAGGUAUAUAUUUGAUAUUUUUCAUUGUGAAAAUUCCUACUAAUUCUAUGAUUCACUGUAAUAUCUAUUUCAGUAUUUUAGCUGAAAAAACUUUAUAAAAGAUACAUAAUUUUUUUUUUUCUUUACUUGUAAAUUGAUCAGUGACAUUUAUUUAUUUAUUUAUGUUAAAACUUUGAAACUGUCUCUUGUGCAAUAGAAUAAAGUGUUGUUUAUUAUUCACAUAUUUUUACCACAUGGGGGUUUAAAAAUGUAAUGAAAUAUUUAUUCGUUCAUUCAUUCAUUCCAUCCAUCCAUUCCAUUCAUCCAUCCAUCCAUCCAUUCAUUCAUUCAUUCAUUCAUUCAUUCAUGUUAUUUAUUUAUUUAUUUAUGUUAAACUUUGAAACUGUCUCUUGUGCAAUAGAAUAAAGUGUUAUAUAUUAUUCAGUUAUUUUCACCACAUGCAAGUUUAGAAAUUUUAUCAAAUAGUUUUGAAAUUCAAAUUUGCGUAACAAAGUUUUCUUAAAAUUGGUCGAAAAUCAUUUCAUAUUCAAGACAAUUACAUUUUUGUCUACAAUAGUUUAUUUAUUUAUUUAUGUUAAACUUUAAACUCCAGUGCAAUAGAAUAAAGUGUUGUAUAUUAUUCAGUUACUUUGACACAUACGAAUUUAGAAAUUUUAUGAAAUAGUUUCGAAAUUUAAAUUUGCAUAACAAACGUUUUUCUUACAAUUAGUCGAAAAUAAUUUUAUUUUCAAGACAGUUAUAGUUUUUGUCUAAAAUAGUUAAACUUUUUGCUUAUAUUCAUUUUACUAUAUCUUCAUAUAUAAUGCUUUCACUAUUUUUCUAUAAAUACAAUUCUGAUUCAUUAUUUUGUAAAAUAAGAGUUAUAUAAAAUGACAACAAUAUAUAUUUCAAGUAAGUUUUAAAAAACUGUAUUUAUUUGUUGAUUAAAUCUGUAAAUAAUAAAAUUAAGCAAGUCAUAAAUGUUGUUUAUUUUGUAAAUAAAAAAAAAAAUCUGAUGAGAGAUUGUGUCCACUUGUUUUGUGUCCUUAUACAUGUUAAUUCAACAGUCUGUUGAAAAAUGACUGUAUUGCACAGCUGCAUGAAAUUAACUUUGCUGUGUAGCUUAUUCAGUUAACUUACAAAGAAUGUAAAUUCCAUACCUAUUAAC